AUUCGAAAGUAUAUUUAUCAACGCAAUCGAAGAGCCCACCAUGAAUUUUAUCGGCUUCUUCCUCGUUUUCUUGUAAGAUUUCGCCUGAAAUUCCCAUUGUGAAAAGUCAAGAGGAUAAUUUUCAGUCAUGACUGAAGCUCAAGAUCUAAAUUUGACGUUUUCUGGAUGUGGUUUUUUGGGAAUUUACCAUCUAGGAGUUGUGUCGUGUUUGAAAGAAAACGCUCCGGCGCUCUUGAAACGAGUAAAAUGUUAUGGCGGCGCGAGCGCGGGUUCCUUCGCCGCGAUUGCGUUGCUUUUAGACUUAGAUGUUAGUGACAGUGCUGAGUUUGUAAUCAGACUGGCUAAAAGAGCGAAUUCAUUGACGCUUGGACCCCUUCAUCCAAGUUUUAAUGUCGUCAGAACACUUCGUCGAUCAUUCGAAAGGAUUCUGCCACCCAACGCACAUGAACUCGCCAGUGGAAGACUUCAUCUGUCGUUAACAAGAGUUUCUGAUCUCAAAAACGUUAUUGUGUCUGAGUUCUUCUCUAAAGAAGAUCUUGUUGAGGCAUUGAUUGCUAGCUCCUAUGUUCCGUUUUACUCCGGAAUCUUUCCUGCAAAAUUCAGGGGAAAGUACUAUGUAGAUGGAGGAAUUUCAGACAAUCUCCCACAGCACUUCAAAGAAGGAGAAACCAUAACAGUUUCACCUUUCAGUGGAGAGAGUGACAUCUGUCCCAAAGACAGUUCUUCAAAUGACGUUCACAUUGAACUUCGAAAUACCAGCAUGCAGUUUACACUACAGAACCUCUACAGGUGUUCCCGUGCAUUCUUUCCUCCACAACCAGAUGUACUCUUUGAUAUGUGCAAGCAAGGAUACAGAGACACAUUGAGAUUUGUGAAGCAGCAUUAUCCAGAGACCCUAAAGAAGGUACCAGUGCACAGGCCUUCCAUGUCUCAGUAUCUUCCCUCAUCUUGGUCUAAGUCAAGUCAUGGAAUAGACAAACGACAAAUCAGUGUCAGCACACUGUCUGCUUACACCUCAUACAGUAGUGGAGAGGGAGAUGUUUUUACAAGUUCCGAAAGUGAGGAAACUGAGAAUGAGGAAGGAGAGUCGAAGCUGACCAUCAUACUUCAUCGCACAAGUGAGGCUGUAAAUGAGGCAGAACUUUGGUCAUGCUUCUUCAUUCGCCGAGUGUUUUGGGUGUUAAAACUUGCAACAAAACCAUGUGUGAUUUCUCUGAAACAGAUCUCGCAUCUUGCAAACAUAAUCCUAGAAUCACUACCAAAAGUGGAGAAAACAGGAAAUGAGUUCCUUGAUGAACUGUUAUCUAUGGUCUACAUGGUGAUACAUACUUAUCAGGACAAACAUCAAGUCCAGUGCUGGAAAAAGCCUGGAUGUGCCAUAACUUCAGGACAGUGGCAGAAGGACAUCAGUCCCAUAGAUGAAGAAAGUACUAGUGACAUUGAUGUAAGGCAAGUCAAGCAUCUUGAUGAUGAUAGUGACAUCGAAGUUUUGGAUGCAGAAAAUGCAGAAAGCUUAAUCCAAAGUGCAAUGAGAUGGGAAGAUAAUGUCAAUAACAGCCCUUUUAUUACUGCCAGUGAUAGGCGCCGCAACCGGAAUUUGGAAAGAAGACAGAGCCAAGGAUCAAGUAAUGUAGAGAAAGCACUUGAGGUUUCCUGUGAUUAUGUCAUCUUAGAUGGUUAUGAGACUGAUGUUGAAUCUGAGUUCAGUGGUACUGAAGAACUCCAGGAGUGCUUUUAGUGCCUCUUGCACAAACUGCUGUGGUCUAAUUACCGAGAGCUAUUGAUGAGAAUUUUUAUUUUUAUUGAGUAGAAUCAUAGUGGUCUUUGACAUGAUUUUGUAAUCAUGGGUAAAAUCACUGAGGGUUCUUCCCUUAAAACAAAAAAGAAAAGCAAAAUAAAAAAACAGAAACAAAAAACAGACAGCAUCAGGCUUAUUUUGUCCACAAUGUGUAUGGGAUACUAAACUCAGACAUGAGAUCAACACAUAUUUAUGGAAAAAAUAUAAUAUGUAUUAAUAGUCACCAAGGUAACUCAGAUCUCAGUGGAAAAACAAACCUAUUUAAAAUUGGCAAGAAAUUUUUUAUAUGGUUUAAUAAUUCUUCGCUGGGCAUGCCUUUGCCAGCUUAUGCUUUAGUGUCGAUGACUGAGUAUUGUCAUCUAACUCAUGCAAUAACUAAGCACAUUAUGUGAGAGAUUUAUUUUGUUAACAAAAAAAAUUACAAUGGGUCUUGUUUCAAUUUUAUUGAGAAAUAUACAGAGGGUAAAGAUGUGUCCAUUUUAUUAAGAAUGCAAAGGGUAAAGUUUUAUCCAAAUGCUUUUUCCAUGGUGUUGACUGGAAAGGCAAGCAAUGUUGAUGUACAGAAAUUAAUUUAUUGUAUAAAGAUAUUUGAUUUUAUUCUUCAGACUAGACUGCCGUUGAACAAGAAUCAUGAUAGAAUAGAUUAGAAAAGUUUAAGUGAUAUAUUAUUGAUAAAACCACUCAAAUUUGAAUUUGAGUGAGCAGCAAAUAAUUAUGGCCUUGUUGCUGUAGUUCUUAAAAGUUUGCCAAUGUUUUAUGUAUUUUAUACUGAAAGGAAAAAGAAAAUUUCCAUUAUUUUCAUGUGAUGUACAGUACUAGUCCCAGUAAUGUAUAUAAUUAAAUAAAGAAAAUUGCUUUGUGAAUGAGA